AUGUUGGAGUUCGAAAUACCGGAUAAAUGGACCUCUUUGGUGUGGCUCGUCGGCGCUGUUUCUGGCUCUGUUUUCCAUCCUUUACUUAGCUAUUGCAGCAACACCUGUAAAUUCGGGUGGCGGCACUGUCCUUUUAUGUUUGCGGGUGCCGUUGGCGCCACCAUAGCUUUUUUGACAAUUGGAUUCGCCAAAGACAUUGGGUACGCCUUUGGAGACAACCUCUCCGAGUAUACUGAGCAUCGCGCCUUAAUCAUUUUUGGGAUCGGAUUAUGGAUGUUGAAGAUUUCGAUCAAGAUGAUCGAUGCCCGGUGUAGAGAAUUCCUUGAUGAUCUUGCCAGCAGAGACUAA